CUUGUUAUGCUUUUUUUUCCUUCCUUUUUUUUUCAUUUCCUACUGUCUGUUGUGCUCAAAAGACGGGAUUUGUCAUAAUUUCUCAGUCGAUACCAGCCUCCACUGCGUCUGAAUCAUCGUGCAAGGCGAGCUCGGAUGAGGCUAUUUCUCCAAAGGAGGUCGAUCCCAUUUCUUUCCAGCUGGAUCAGUCUUCGGCCAAAAUCGAGAAAAUAGGUGCAGUCGGUCCCAGGCCUGCGAUCCAGGCCCGAGGGAGAGAAGGAGGUCGCUGCUGGGAAUCGGGAUGGAGACCGCAGAGGGUUCCGUUGGUACUAGCGGGCCGAGUGGACUGGCGCCCGGGCUUGGGUGCGCUUCGUUCAACCAGGAUUCCACCUCAUUGGCUGUGGGCACGGGCAUGGGCUACAAGCUGUACUCCCUGACCUCCGUGGAGAAGCUUGACUGCAUCCAUGAGAGUGCAGACAGCCCAGACGUCUUCAUCGUGGAGCGUCUGUUCUCCAGCAGCCUGGUGGUGGUGGUGAGCACGGCCUUGCCCCGGCGCAUGAACGUCUACCACUUCAAGAAGGGCACGGAGAUCUGCAACUACAGCUACUCCCACGACAUCCUCGCCGUUCGGCUCAACCGACAGAGACUUGUGGUGUGCCUUGAAGAGUCUAUUUACAUUCACAACAUCAAAGAUAUGAAGCUGCUGAAGACCCUCCUCAACACGCCGUCUAACCCGUCUGGUCUAUGCGCUCUAUCUGUUAACCAUUCCAACUCCUACCUGGCUCAUCCUGGCAGUGCCACCAUCGGGGAAAUUGUAGUUUACGACGCCAACAUCUUGAGCACCGUCACUAUGAUCCCCGCCCACGACACCCCGCUGGCCGCGCUGGCCUUCAACGCUCAGGGCACCAGGCUGGCCAGCGCCUCCGAGAGGGGCACGGUCAUCCGGGUCUUCUCCAUUCCUGACGGCCAGCGUCUGUUUGAGUUCCGGAGGGGCAUGAAGAGGUACGUCAACAUCAGCUCCUUGUCCUUCAGUCCUGACGGCCAGUUCCUCUGCACCUCAAGCAACACAGAGACGGUUCACAUCUUCAAACUGGAACAACUUGGAAUAACCGGGGAGGAGGCGUCCCCCACGUGGACGGCCUACGUGGGGAAGAUGUUCUCGGCGGCCAGCAGCUACCUCCCCACCGGGGUGACGGGCAUGAUGAGCCAGGACCGGGCCUUCGCCACCGCCCACCUGCUGGCCAUGGGCCGCAGGAACAUCUGCACCCUGGCUGUGAUCCAGAAGCUUCCGCGCCUGCUGGUGAUGUCGGCCGACGGCCAGCUGCUCAUCUACAACGUGGACCCGCAGGAGGGGGGCGAGUGCACCCUGGCCCACAAACACAGGCUCUUCUGCUGCGACGAGGACAGCGGGGAGGAGACGGAGUCAGAGCGAUCCAACUUGAAUACACCGCCGUCCGCCUGCCCGUCGUACGCCGCGACUGCUGCCCUGCCCACCGCGGUGCCUGUCACCACAACGCUCACAGGCUACUCUGAAGACGGCGGGGCAAAGAAAGGCGAAGUUAUCCCCGAGCAUGAGUUUGCGGCAGGGCCCGUCUGCCUGGACGACGAGAACGAGUUCCCACCUAUUAAUUGGUGCCGUGACGGAAGUCGAGGUGGCGGGGCGAGACGCUCGUGAGGCAGUGAGGCAGACAGAAACAAAAGCUACAGAGGCGAGCGAAGGAAUAGUUGCGACAUCGCCCCCCGGCGUUAGGAUAAAAAGGGAGCAGAAAAACGAAAAAAAAAAAGAUAUAUAUUUUAUGGUGCUAACUUUUUUUUGUGAUGAAAUGUCAUGAUGAUAUUAAACAUGAGUAUGUUUUCCAUUUAAUCGUUUUUAAUGUAGAAGCCACUUCUAUUAUCGUAAAAGAGGGGCAGUGCAUUACCCCCUAGUUAUUUAAAAAGUGUAUGUAAGGUGCAUGCCUGAGCAACAAUAUAACCACAGAUUUUCAUUGCUAUGUAGCUUUACCUAUUUCUAUUAGUUGCAUUAUUGCAGCGAUAAUAUCCUAAUGUGGUCAUUCAUGUAUUCGUAUUGGAUCCUUAAGUAGAGAACUGAACAUUUUUUUUCAUUCCUUUUUAUUUUUAUUGUGUUAAAUACCUACUUAAUGUUUACACGUAUGCAAUGUACGGAAAUCAGCAAGUAUGUAUUUAAGUAUGGAUAAAUACAUAUGUUGUAUGAAUGUGCCUGUUGUAAUUUGUAAAGUGCUAAAUAAUGCACAUUGCACAAGACCAAAAAACUGAAAAAGAACAAUAAAAAAAUACCCUUGAUGAUAAAUCAACCUAGAGAACA